UGAGGUGGAGAAGAAAGACUCCUCUAGGCACAGCCGUUAGUCGCCAUUUUGAGGAGGACUACCGGCAAACAUCGGCAGAAGACCGUUGUUACGCAGCAAAAUUAUAACGUUUUUGGUAUUUUAAUCAUAGUUUUCGUUGAUAUAGGGAUCAAUGUCUCGAUUCAACAAUAAUCGUGGCGCCUUUGGGAUGAAUAAUUUCCAGCAACGCAGAGGAGGCGGUGGGCCCGGCGGCCCGAUGCGGGGUGGGCUAAUGGGAAACCCACAUUUCAGGAGCCAUCCUUUCCAGAAUCAGAAUCAAAAUCAAAAUCAAAAUCGGAGGGGAGCAAAUAAUAACUUCAACAGACCUCCCAAUCAGGGACCACAUACUCCCCAGAAGCCACAACCGAACCAGUCGCUGGCAAUCAUUCCGCCACCAACUCCUGGCCCUGCUCUCACCAUGAAGGGCCCGAUGCAGCCGCAGCAGAACCCGGCACAGCCGCAGCAGAGUCCGGCACAGCCGCAGCAAAACCCGGCACAGCCGCAGCAGAACCCGGCACAGCCGCAGCAGAACCCAGCACAGCCGCAGCAGAAACCGGCACAGCUGCAGCAGAAUCCGACACCGGCACUGCAACAGGAUCAGAAACCGACAACCCCUGUGCCUCAGCCGAAGAUUCAGUCACCCCCACCGAAACCCAUCUUAACCUCCCCUCCACCUAUCCAAGCAAACAAGAACCAGAACCAGAGCCAGCAGCUAAAGUCACCGGUAGGAAAUGGUAACGGGCCGAAUCAGCCUCCACACCAGAUACCGAAGACAGGGCCCCAACAAGGCCCGAAAACACCCCAACAAAGUCCGAGGUCAGGCCCCAAUCAAGGCCCACAACACGGCCAGAGGACAGGUCCCCACCAAGGCCAGAGAACAGGCCCCCACCAAGGCCAGAGGAUGGGACCGCCGCCGACGAGGUCCAAACAGGAGACAGUGAGAAUGGGCUUAAAUAACGACGGCGAAUCAGAUGGGAGCCAGGAUAAGGCGUUCAGGGCAACACUCUCCAUGCUUCUCAAGCCCGGUGAGAAGACAUACACACAGCGGUGUCGUCUGUUCAUUGGAAACCUGCCCAACGACAUCACAGAGGACGAUUUCAAAAAGCUGUUCGCAAAAUAUGGGGAGCCCAGCGAGGUCUUCAUCAACAAAAGCAAAGGCUUUGGUUUCAUCCGAUUGGAGUCCCGUGCACUUGCAGAGAUAGCUAAAGCAGAGUUGGAUGACAAGCCGAUGAGAAGCAGACCACUGCGUGUCCGGUUUGCCACACACUCUGCCGCUUUGUCUGUGAAGAACCUGUCACCGUUUGUUUCCAAUGAGCUCCUGGAGGAAGCGUUCUCACAGUUUGGAAUGGUUGAGAGAUCCAUUGUCAUCGUAGAUGACCGCGGGCGUGCCACAGGCAAGGGCAUUGUAGAGUUUGCCUCCAAACCAGCGGCUAGAAAGGCCUUGGAUCGGUGCAGCGAGGGUGUCUUUCUGCUUACCACAUCACCGCGGCCUGUUGUUGUUGAGCCUCUGGAGCAGUUUGAUGAUGAAGAUGGUCUUCCAGAAAAACUGGCACAGAAGAAUCCCAGAUAUCAAGCAGAGCGGGAGGAACCUCCUCGUUUUGCUCGACCCGGCACUUUCGAAUACGAGUACUCAAAGCGUUGGAAGUCUCUGGAUGACAUGGAGAAGCAGCAGCGGCAGCAAGUGGAGAAGAACAUGCGCGAGGCCCGUGACAAACUGGAGAGCGAGAUGGAGGAUGCGUUCCACGAGCACCAGGCCAACCUGCUCAGACAAGAUCUGCUAAGGCGACAGGAGGAACUGCGGCGCAUGGAGGAGGUGCACAGUCAGGACAUGCAGAAGAGGAAGGAGAUGCAGAUCAGACAAGAAGAAGAGCGUCGCCGGCGGGAAGAAGAGAUGCUUCGCAAGAGGGAGAUUGAAGAACAGAUGCGUCGCCAGCGUGAUGAGAACUACAGGAUGGGCAACUUCAUGGAUAGGGAAAUGAGAAUGAAUCCCGGUGGAUCUUUGGUCAUGAACGAUAUCCCCUUUGGUGGAUCCAACCAGAAGUUCCCCAUGGGUUUUGAGGGACAGAAGGGGAUGGGGCCGGCUUCAGGAGGCUUGAUGGGCAACGAAAUGCGCAACGAGCGCUUCGCCCAGGGCGGUCCUAGGGGAAUGGGUCCUGGUAACCCCGGGUUCGGCAGGGUCCGCGAGGAGUUUGAUGGUCCUGCUAAGAAACCCCGUUUUUAAACGCUGCUCUUUGAUGCUCCCAGCAGCACCAUUUGUAUAGAUUCUCCACAACAAACAAGUUGAGUCGCAUUUCUUGUAUUUAAGUUUAAAUUGUUGCUACAUUUUAGCCUGACAAUUUACUCAUUUUAUGACAGUCAAUAUUUUCCUUUUUUAUUUUGUAUUGUCAGUAGCAUAGAAAGAUGGGACACCCUCGUGUGAUCGUUAGUUCUUUCUGACACAUGUAUCAUUUUCUUUUCUAGAUGUAUUAUGCUCUGUGAGUCGCCGUGAAGUGAUAACUGUAACAUUUUUCUCUACCUUCUAUGGCUGUGUUUUGUGCCAUACAUUUGGAGUCAAAGCAUGUAUUAUAAUAAAGAGACAUUGGUUCUAUCAGGACAAA